CAUUGAUAAAUGAAUUUUCAUCUGGCAAAGAUUGAUUUACAAGAAUUGGAUCGGACCUGGCGUUGACAAGAAAGCUGUAAACUCGCCCUGCUAGCUAGCUAAGUGGGCUAACGGUAGCUGACUGGCGUCAACAACCGAGCAGCUGAUUGCGGAUGGCCGGUGUCUCUGUAUUGGACAUGGAGAUGCCUUCAUGUCCUCCGGUCCCUGUGCACCAGAACGGGACUGCUCACCGGGAGCCUCGGGGGUCCAGGCCAGCCGCUGCUCCGGUGCUGCGGGUCCACCUCUACCACAGCAACCUGGCUGGGCUAGACUCGACCCCCCUCAGCUACCCACCGGGGGACUACGUAGUCGAGCAACUGUGUGUCAAUGCAGCGAAGGAGUGCAGUGUGUCGCCUCUGUACUGCAGCCUGUUUGGGCUCUUCAGAGAGAGAGACGGCAUGUGGUUCUCCCCGAACCAUGUCUUCCAGCUAGAUGAAUAUGCCAAUGAAGACAUGGUCUUCAGAAUAAGGUACUAUUUCCCUGGCUGGUACAGCAGUGGAGCUACGAGGGCAUAUCGGUAUGGAGUCACCAAGGGCUCUGAGAGUCCUGUCCUCGAUGACUUUGUCAUGGCAUACCUCUUUGCCCAGUGGAGGAGUGACUUUGUGAAUGGCUGGGUGAAGAUCGCCAACACACAUGAGACUCAGGAGGAGUGCCUUGGCAUGGCUGUAUUGGACAUGAUGAGGACAGCCAAGGAAAGACAAAUGUCUCCGCUGGAUAUCUACAAUUCCAUAAGCUACAAGUCCUUCUUGCCCAAGGAAAUGAGGGCUCACAUCCAGGACUGCAACUUCGUGACCAGGAAGAGGAUCCGCUACCGCUUCAAGAAGUUCAUCCAGCAGUUCAGCCAGUGCCGGGCUACGGCACGCGACCUGAAGCUCAAAUACCUCAUCAACAUGGAGUCUCUCGAGCAGGCAUUCUACACAGAACGCUUCCAGGUCAGGGAAUCCUCGGCAGGGCAGGUCACCAUCAUCGUGACGGCUGAUCAUGGCAUCCAGUGGUGCAGAGACGGGCACAAAGACUCUGAGCAGGACCUGCAGACCUACUGUGAUUUUCCAGACAUUACUGACAUCAGUAUUAAACACGCCAAUAAGGAGGGCUCGAUGGAGAGUCGAGUGGUUACCAUCAAUAAACAAGACGGCAAGACUCUGGAGCUGGAGUUCAAUUGCCUCUCUGAAGCUCUGUCCUUUAUAUCGCUGAUUGAUGGCUACUAUCGUUUGACGACAGAUGCACACCACUACCUCUGUAAAGAAGUGGCACCCCCUGCACUGGUGGAGGCCAUUACCAGCCACUGUCAUGGUCCCAUUUCAAUGGAUUUUGCAAUUAAUAGACUGCAAAAAUCUGGGAACAAGCGGGGUCUGUACAUCCUGCGAUGCAGCCCUAAGGACUUUAACAAAUACUUUUUGACCUUCACCGUGGGGGUAUACGAUGGCAUUGAGUACAAGCACUGCCAGAUCACUAAGGCUGCUAAUGGAGAGUUCAAUCUGAGUGGAACCAAAAGGAACUUCAGCAACCUCCAGGAAUUGCUGAGCUGCUACCAGAAGGAGACUGUGCGCUCUGAUGGCAUCAUUUUCCAGUUCAGCAAGUGUUGCCCACCCAAAUCCAAAGACAAGUCCAGUUUACUGGUAUCCAGGAGUAACAAGGGCUCAGACGUGCCGCGCUCUCCCUCCCUACAGAGACGCAACAUCAACCAAAUGGUGUUCCACAAGAUCAGGAAAGAGGACCUGGAAUAUACUGAGAGUCAAGGCCAAGGGACAUUCACAAAGAUCUUCAAAGGGGUCCGCAAGGAGCUGGGAGACUAUGGGGAGAUGCACCAAACAGACGUCAUCAUGAAAGUCCUGGACAAGGCCCACAGGAACUACUCGGAUUCUUUCUUUGAGGCAGCCAGCAUGAUGAGCCAGCUAUCUCAUAAGCACCUGGUGCUGAACUACGGCGUGUGUGUGUGCGGGGAGGAGAAUAUCAUGGUGCAGGAGUAUGUGAAGUUUGGCUCCCUGGACACAUACCUGAAGAAGAACAAAAACUCAGUCAACAUCUUGUGGAAGCUUCAAGUGGCCAAGCAGCUUGCCUGGGCCAUGCACUUCCUGGAGGAAAAGAACCUUGUUCAUGGGAAUGUCUGUGCCAAGAACGUCCUGCUGAUCCGGGAAGAGGAUCGGAAAACUGGGAAUCCCCCCUUCAUCAAGCUGAGUGACCCUGGUGUCAGCAUCACUGUCCUGCCCAAAGAUAUUUUGGUUGAGCGAAUCCCCUGGGUGCCUCCUGAAUGUAUUGAGGAUUCUACCAACCUGAGCCUUGCAGCAGACAAGUGGAGCUUUGGCACAACGCUGUGGGAGAUCUGCAGUGGAGGGGAGAAACCACUGGCGACACUGGACAACUCUAAGAAAAACCUAUUUUACGAGGACCGCCACCAGCUGCCUGCUCCUAAGUGGACUGAGCUUGCUAACCUGAUCACCAGCUGCAUGGACUACGAGCCUACGUUCAGACCCUCUUUCAGGGUCAUCAUCAGGGACCUCAACAGCCUGUUCACACCUGAAUAUGAGCUGAUUGUGGAGAGUGACCUCCUGCCAAACAGAACAGCAGCGUCACCAUGGGUCACUGGGGCUUUUGAGAACCAGGAGCCAGUCCAGUUUGAGGAGAGACACCUCAUCUUCCUACAGCAGUUAGGCAAGGGUAACUUUGGCAGUGUGGAGAUGUGCCGGUACGACCCACUCCAGGACAACACGGGGGAGGUUGUGGCUGUGAAGAAGCUUCAGCACAGCACGGCAGAGCACAUGCGGGACUUUGAGCGGGAGAUCGAGAUCCUCAAGUCUCUUCAGCAUGAGAAUAUCGUCAAAUACAAAGGAGUGUCUUACAGCGCAGGCCGGAGAAACCUGCGACUGAUCAUGGAAUACCUGCCCUAUGGGAGUCUGAGAGAUUACCUCAUCAAGAACAAGCAGAGAAUAGACCACAUGAAACUGGUGCAUUAUACCGCUCAGAUAUGCAAGGGUAUGGAGUACCUGGCAACCAAGCGCUACAUCCACAGAGAUCUGGCAACCCGGAACAUCCUGGUAGAGAGUGAGCUGAGGGUGAAGAUAGGGGACUUUGGCCUGAGCAAAGUCCUGCCCCAGGACAAGGAGUACUAUAUGGUCAAGGAGCCUGGAGAGAGCCCCAUCUUCUGGUAUGCCCCAGAGUCACUGACGGAAAGCAAGUUCUCUGUGGCUUCUGACAUCUGGAGCUUUGGCGUAGUGCUCUAUGAACUGUUCACCCACAGCGACAAGAACUGCAGCCCUCCUGCAAUGUUCAUGGGCAUGAUGGGUAAUGACAAGAAGGGCCAGCUGAUUGUUUAUCAUCUCAUUGAGCUCCUCAAGUCGGGCAGCAGGCUGCCUCAACCUGUGGGCUGUCCCAUGGAGAUGCAUGAGAUAAUGCAGGAAUGCUGGGAUAAAGACCCAUGUUUGCGGCCCUCUUUCAAGGAGCUGGCCCUGCGUGUCGACCUGUUCCGUGACAGCAAGGAUACGUAGACAAACACCCUAAGUGCCCCUCUUCUAAGAGACUGUUUUUCUGCAUUCACUUGGUUGCCGUGUGUGUGUGUGUGUGUGUGUGUGUGUGUGUGUGUGUGUGUGUGUGUGUGUGUGUGUGUGUGUGUGUGUGUGUGUGUGUGUGUGUGUGUGUGUGUGUGUGUGUGUGUGACCGCCCCUGUCCUUUUGCAGUGUGGCAAUAGAUUGGAUUGAGAACCAGAUCUUCUACCAGGACACUAUAGAGACACUUGUAUCAAACAAGGUCUCAUUUCUCUUGAGAGUGUGUUUUUUUUCUUUUCUUCUCCAGCCCUUUGUUUUCUAAGCUAGCAGGGCUAGCCUUCACCUUUCUGUCCCCCCAUCUGAAAAAUGAAAGUAUGCUGGACUGAUGGAACGGAAUGUUUGUUCUUUUUAUUUGUGUCGUUUUAUGUAUGUAUAUACAUAUAUUUGUGUACAUAUGUCAAGAGGAUUUUAUAAUUUUAUAAAAUGAAAAGAAUACACUGCAGUCUGUAUUUGAAAUGUUAGACAAGAAGUCAGUGUAAAUGAAGUACAUUUAGAGAUUUAAAAAUCCAUUGAUUUAAAAUUCCAUUGUGAAGCAGGUGUUGUAAGAUUAAAAUAUAUAUCCAUGCUAUA